GACGGAGAGGGUUGGGUUGGUUUUAGUUUGCUGGUUGUGAGUUGGGGCGAGUCGUGAACGUGAGAGAGACGAUGAUCACGAUGGAGAUGAAGUCAAACCUUGAGGGUAGGAGGUGAAAGAAUAGGAAGAAUAGAUUGUUGGGAGGAGGAGGAGGAGGAGGAGGAGGGCGGCGUGCGCUGGAGUCGGAUGGUAUUGAUCAUCGGCGGUGGGAGUCGGCGAUGGGCGGCGGGGCGGCGGUGGGCGGUUGUUGGUAGAGAAGAAGAAGGAGGAGGAGACAGAGGAGGAGGUGCAAGGUGGGAAGGUUGGGAGGAUGAGGAAGGGGAGAGUUAAGAGCGGGCUGCUGCCGAGCUCGCUGCGGAUCAUCUCGUCGUGCCUCAAAACCGUGUCUUCCAACGCUGGGUCCGUCGCGAGCAGCGUCCGAUCCGCCGGGGCGUCCGUCGCCGCAUCCAUCGCCGUGCCGGCCGAGGAUGAGAAGGACCAGGUUUUAUGGGCUGGCUUCGAUAAACUAGAGCUUAGUCCAUCUUCCUUCAAGAAUGUUCUACUUCUUGGUUAUUCUAAUGGAUUUCAAGUGCUUGAUGUGGAGGAUGCCUCUAAUGUCUGCGAACUGGUAUCCAAGCGUGAUGGCCCAGCUACUUUUUUACAGAUGCAGCCCACGCCAAUGAUGUCUGAAGCUACUGAAGGAUUCAGAGCCUCACAUCCUUUGCUCUUGAUUGUUGCUGGUGAUGAGACCAAUGGCACAGGUAUGGUCCAAGGUGGCCGUCUGAGUGCAUUAAUUAGAGAGAGCGUCAAUGAACCUCAGGCAGGAAAUAGUAUCACUACUCCUUCAGUUGUUAGGUUCUACUCACUCAAAUAUCAUAGCUAUGUUCAUGUUCUGAGAUUCCGCUCUGCUGUAUAUAUGAUUCGGUGCAGUCCUAGAAUAGUUGCUGUGGCGCUUGCUGCACAAAUAUACUGCUUUGAUGCUGUUACUCUCGAGAACAAGUUCAGCGUUCUGACCUAUCCUUUACAAGGAACAGCUGGUGUUAACAUUGGUUAUGGUCCGAUGGCUGUUGGUCCUAGGUGGUUAGCUUACGCUUCCAAUAACCCUCUUGUACCAAGUACAGGCCGCCUUAGUCCUCAAAAUCUUACUCCCUCUCCAAGCGUAAGCCCAUCAACUUCACCCAGCAGUGGAAAUUUAGUUGCUCGUUAUGCAAUGGAAUCUAGUAAAACGUUGGCUGCUGGAAUUCUUAAUCUGGGAGAUGUAGGUUACAAAACUCUCUCAAAAUAUUGUCAGGAGUUACUUCCUGAUGGUUCUAGUUCUCCUUUGUCACCACAUUCCAACAGGUCUGGAAGAUUUCCACCAACAGGACUUCCAACUGAACCUGACAAUGCAGGAACGGUUGUUAUAAAAGAUUUCAUUUCGAAGGAUGUCAUUUCACAAUUUAGGGCUCACACCAGUCCAAUAUCUGCUCUCUGUUUUGACCCAAGUGGUACCCUUUUGGUUACAGCUUCAAUACAUGGGCACAAUAUAAACAUUUUCCGGAUUAUGCCUACCCGUGUACAUAAUGGUUCUAUCUCAGCACAUUAUGAUUGGACAUCAUCACAUGCUCAUCUUUACAAACUAUAUCGUGGGCUAACAGCGGCUGUCAUACAGGAUAUCUCAUUUAGUCAUUAUAGUCAGUGGAUUUCAAUUAUUUCAUCCCGGGGAACUUGUCACAUAUAUGUUAUAUCACCUUUCGGUGGUGAUGCUAGCCUUCAACCACAAAAUAUCCAUGAUGGACCGAUUCUUACUCCUAAUCUCACGUCGCCAUGGUGGGCAGCUUCCUGUUGCAUGAUCCAUCAACAGUUACAACAACCACCACCUCCAAUUACAUAUUCUGUAGUUAGUAGGAUUAAAAAUGCUAAUUCUGGUUGGCUAAGCACUGUUAGCAAUGUUGCUGCUUCUGCAGCAGGCAAGAUAUCUGUACCAUCAGGUGCCGUUGCUGCUGUGUUUCAUAAUUCUCUGUAUCAUGACACUCCACGGGGUCCCUCCAAGGCCAACUCGUUGGAGCAUCUUCUAGUUUACUCUCCAUCUGGUCAUGUCAUACAACACAAACUUCUUCCAUCUUCUUUUGUGGAGCCUUGUGAUAGAAGCUCGAAAACAAUACCUACUUCUGUGUUGCAACUUCAAGAUGAUGAUUUACGUGUAAAUGCUGAGCCAGUUCAAUGGUGGGAUGUCUGCAGAAGAUUGAAUUGGCCUGAGAGAGAGGAAGAUAUUUCCAGAAUAUUCUGUAAUGAUCAGCAAACUAGUGAGACAGUUAUGGAUUCCGGAGAUAGUGAAGAUAAUGAAACUUCAUGUUCCAUGUCGACUACUGGCAGUGUACCUGGAGCAGAGUCGGCAAGAAGUGAAAGAUUCCACUGGUACCUUUCAAAUGCAGAGGUACAGAUUAACUCGGGAAAGAUCCCGAUAUGGCAGAAAUCAAAGAUAUGUUUUUGUGUGUUGAAUCCAUCAAGAGCAGUUGAAGGUUUUACAGAAGAUGGUGGAGAGAUUGAGAUUGAAAAUUUAUUUUUUGAUGAGAUAGAAAUAAGGCGAAAGGAUCUACUUCCUGUUUUUGAGCAAUUUCGCUGUAUCCAAUCCAGCUGGAAUGAUAGGGUUGGAGGUAGAUAUCAAACUUCAUCAUCAGGGGUUUUCCAAGCUACAGAUGAGUUUAAGCCUGUAUCUUUUGCAUGUGGAUCGGAUUUUGGGUCAGGAACUACACAAAGUUUGCUCGAUUUUGAUGAAACAGGAUCUUGUGAACCUGUUAGCUUGCAGGCGAUAGAGAAGACUACAGCUGAUGAAUCUGGUCACGGUUCGCCUUCAAUCAUCAGCAAAGGUAUUCCUGCAUUAUCAGAAUCCAAAGCAUCCACUACACUGCCAAUAAAGGACUCCGUUAAUGAUUGCACCCGACUUCAUUCAGAAGACACCAAUAGCUAUUCUGUCAAGGAUGACUCUGUCACUGAUGGUGUGUCGACAAGAUCAAGUAGCCUGUCAUGUAGUGGUAGAUUACUGGUUGUAGAUAAUGACUUUAUGAACGAUAAAGGAAGUGGUAAAGUUCAAAAGGCAUGUUCUACAAACACCCACAUGGAACACGCUGAAAGAUCUGAUUCCCACAAUUCAGUGGAGUUUGCCCAAUAUUUCAACGAGGGUUACUGCCAAGUAUCGGAACGCGAUGACUGCCGCGAGUUGACUGAAGCUGUAACAGAUGCAGACAGCAACAGCAGCCACUGCGAGAGAGAAAAGCCCGAGGAAGAUGGGGACGACGACAACAUGGUGGGAGGUAUAUUUGCCUUCAGCGAAGAAGGUUGAUGAUGUGGAAGUUGGUGGCUUCAUCAUACGAUGUCUUUCUACAAGCAAAUUUCUAUCUUGGAUGGCUGAAACAACCUACAAACCGGAAGCUAUCGACAUGUACUUCUACAGCUACACUUGCUCCUUCUCUUUGAUUCUCAUUUUGCAAUCAAAGGUAGAUAAUGCAUUUUUAGUUAUGGAGAUGGAAGCAAAAGGUCUGCCAAUCCAACCACCUAGACCACCACGGUCACUGUACAUUCUGUAGAUAUGGAUUUUUAGUUCAUGUAGUUGGACGUGCUUCCCACAGAUGAGCUCUCCUUCCUGUUUACAUUUACACAAGUAUUCACCAUUAAUUAGUUUCAAGGGCGAUUCACUUU